AUGAUUGAAGAAUGCAAAAAAUCAAAUAAUUUUCAAGUUAGCAAUGUAAAUGAUUUAAAGAACGACGUAGUUUCAUUAAUUUUUCCAAGUGAAGAGCAAUGGUUUUCUUAUGACCAACAUAUCAAAGCUGGAGAUCCAUUAAAUAUAAAAAGCACUAAAGAAUGAAGCUGUUUGGUAGAUUUUUUCAAAGACUAUUUUAAAAGCGACCCAGACAAAAGUUUAGCUAUCCAAGGAGGCAGAUAUGGAUGUGCACAGCUCGUAAAAUUUUAUGGCCCCACACAUUUAUCUGAAUUUUCCUUAGGAAAAUUAAGCUAUAUGGUACAAAUAGCUAUAGAUGAAGAUAUUAUCCGAUAUAAUAAAGCUUUAUUAGUUCUCAAUCCUAGGUUUGAAUACGAUAUUGAAGAGGAAAGCUUUCAUAUGACUUUAGAAGAAAUUAAGACAAAUAUCAUAGAAGUUUUAAAAGAGGCUAAAAACGGAAUCCCAUUAGCUCAGAUUCCUUCUCAUUUGAAAAAGAAAUCGCUAAAUCAAUAUCAUAUUGCUAAAUUUGGUUUCCCAAAACUAAAGGAUUUGCUGCAGACAAUAGAAAAUAUAAAAAUAGAGACAAAAGAAGCAUUUCAAGCAUAUGCGUUUUACGAAUCUAAAAUCAAGCUAGAAGACAUUGUUGCAGAAAUUAACACUUUAGAAGACGUUUCCCAACUUGAGCAGCAUUUAUUUUCUAAAUUCGGGAAGAUAGAAUGGCAGGAUUAUGGUUACAGCUCCUUAUAUGAAUUUCUCAAUUUGAAUCAUUUGAGGCAUAAGCUAUUAGAUUACACAUUUCCAAGAGAAGACAAACUCGAUUUUCACAAACCAUUUGCUGAAGCCAAUUUUACUCCACUUUUCUUAAAAGAAAGCUUGGAACGAAAAAAUUCAAUUUAUGAAAUUGGAACUACUUCAGAAGAUCAAUAUCAUGUAAAAUUUGUCGACGACCUUCUUUCCGAGAGCAUGCCUACUGAAAGAUCUCAAAUCAGAGGUUCAAGGCUAGAUCCUGAUGCAACGCCGUUUUUCCUUAAAAUUGAAGCUUAA